CAAAUCCCUUCUGUUGCCUCUACAAUCUACGGCUGAAUCCACUUUAGCGAAAGCAUAGAAGAAUUCAGAAUAGGAACAGAAUAGCCACAUAGUUGAGAUCCAAAUAUAUCAACAGACAGGUUUUGCAAUUUCAACAUUUGCAAUAUACAAUUGCUAUUGAAGUAUUGACAAUUUCAUCGAAUUGCUGAAGCCACUCUAUUCGACUUCAUUGACGCUUGACAACUCAUACGAUCCUUACUACUUGUGAUUAUCAUUCUUAUAGCUUCGGUUGAAAUCUUGUAAAAUUGAUAAUAACUUGGUUUCAAAACGAGUUCUUUCACCUUCUUUCUAUAUCACACUGAUCUUCUUGUAAUAGCUUCACAAUGGGUACAGGCUGGCUGUUGACGUCAGUCCUCAGAGACAAGAUUCUCCAGUAUGCUGCCUACAAACAAACAUCUAUUUCGCUUAGGCAGAUGGUGCAAUUUGGACCCAAUCCCAGCCCAGGCUCCAUCUUCCUAGCCUCGCAAUUCAUUGUAGAAGAGCUUCCUAUUAGAUUAGCUCUUAAGGUCAAGGACUUGGAAAAUGCCCCGCUGGACUUGAACAAGAUGCCCUCAACCAUUAAAGUGAAGAACUGGUACGCGCAGUCGUUCCAGGAACUCACAGAAUUGCCGAAGCCGACCAUCAGUCCAGCAUUGUACAAACUCUUGUAUCCCAAUGGGGAGAGCGUAAACUCUGGACCAAACGGUGCACAGAACAUUAAUGAGGCUGACACCACAGAAAACAUCGCCAAAACAGAACCUAUUGUCGCCACCAACCUCGACACAAACCCUGCCAUCAAUAACAUUUUCUCAGACGAUGGUAUCGUAAUCCGCCAUCAUCACCAUCACAAUAAUGUUAGCAAUCCAGGACAAAGCCCGAAUCUGUCUCUGAGACUCAGAUCCGAGUCGCCUACCUUUGGUAAAACUUACUACUCUUCUUGUCCCUCUAACAUCGUGUGGCCAAAAGAGGUAUAUGACUACAACAGACUAGUAUGUGAUGCUCUCACCAAAAUCAAGAAGCGUCACGACGCCACUGUAGCUACCAUGGCCCAAGGUGUCCAGGAGUGGAAGGCUGAGCAUAAGACGGUGUUUGUAAACUCUCAGAUCCAGACCUUCUUGGACCGCUUCUACAUGUCACGUAUUGGUAUCCGGAUGCUUAUGGGCCAACACAUUGCGCUCAACAUGGCCCAGGCCUCACCCACAAAGCAGAGAAUAAGCUCAUUCCUCAAUGGUUCCAACACCGGAGGUAAUAAGAACAAGUCCAACUACGUAGGUGUCAUUUGCAUUGACUGUAAUGUUGGUGAAAUUGCAGAAGAUGCCAUCGAAACAGCCAAGUACAUCUGUGAAGAGUACUACGGUUUGUUUGAGGCACCCGAAAUCCAGCUCAUAGCUCCACAGAACGAUAUCAACUUCAUGUAUGUACCUGGACACUUGAUCCACAUGUUAUUUGAGACCUUGAAGAAUUCGCUUAGAGCUACUAUCGAGUUCCACAUGCCCCGUCUUAAGGCAGAGAUGUUGGCCGCAAACCCAAAACUCAAGGAAGAAGACAUCGACAUCAACGACUUGACCUUCCCAUCCAUCAAGGUGAUCAUUCUGGAAGGCGACGAAGAUAUCGCAGUCAAAAUCAGUGACGAAGGUGGUGGAAUUGCCCGUAGCGAAGUGCCGCUCAUCUGGACAUACUUGUAUACGACUGUGAGUGAAACACCAACGCUUGAUGCCGAGUACAACCAGACUUCGUUCAAGGCUCCUAUGGCUGGGUUCGGCUACGGUUUGCCCAUUUCGAGAUUGUAUGCUCAGUACUUUGGCGGCGACUUGAAGUUGAUCUCCAUGGAAGGCUACGGUACUGAUGUUUACUUACACUUGAACAAGUUGAGCAGCUCAUCUGAGCCUUUGCCUUGAUGUAUACAGCUAGUAGAUCUUAUUUAUUAUGAGAUGAAGGAGACGAAAAGUAGUUUAUGAAGAAAGUUUACUUCAGAUGACUGGGAACUCUAUAUGACUAAGUUCUAUAUGAAAGAGUUCUAUAUGACAGAGUUCUAUACGAAAAGAGAAUAUAUAUUCAUGAAAUGUUGG